UGGUUUUCAUCGGGGUAUGCUUAUUCAACCUCUGCCAAUGGGCAUUCUUUCACCGUCUCAUAUCUCAUUGACACCUGUGGCUUAUCACCCAAACAAGCUGCUUCAGCUUCUAAGUGUGUCAGCUUCGAAACGCGGGAUAAACCUGAUUUGGUUAUCAAUUUCCUUAAAAGUCAUGGAUUCUCUCAGCCCCAGAUUAUUCGCUUCAUUACUGACACCCCAUCGUCUCUCCGAUAUGAUCCUGAGAAAACCUUUCUGCCCAAAAUUGAAUUUUUUAAAUCCAGAGGCUUUUCGAGCUUGGAUAUCCCUAAGCUCAUAUGUAGUUAUCCUAGAAUCAUGUCAAGAAGCUUAAGGAAGCAGCUCAUUCCUUCCUUUAACUUCUUUCGAGAUGUGUUUCAAUCUGACGACAAGCUCAUUAAAACUCUUCGAAUUUACUCGGGCAUUCUUGUUGAUGCCAACACAAUUGCCCGGCCUAAUAUGGAGCUAUUGCGAGAAGCAGGAGUUCCUGAAUCAAAUGUCAUCAAAUUUUUGCAAUAUAAUCCUAGGACAUUAACUGCAAGUCCUAAUGUGCUUAAGGACAUUGUGGAAGAAGUGAAUAAUAUUGGGAUCAAUCCUUUGAAGUAUCAAUUUCUUAUGGCUGUUCAUAAAGUUUCCUCUCUGUAUGGUAGCAGCAGAGGAUAA